AUGAGCCACGCCAAACGGAAAGAGGAGCCGGCCGUGUCCAAUGGAGGAGUGAAGGUGAAGGUGUCCCCCUGGAGCAAAGCUCUGCGAGGAGACUCCUCAUGGGAGGACAAGGAUGAAUUCCUCGAUGUCAUCUACUGGAUGCGGCAGAUCCUGGCCAUUGUAUUGGGAGUGAUAUGGGGGAUUGUUCCUCUGAAGGGAUUUGUGGGAAUAGCUAUUUUCUGCCUCUUAAACGCUGGAAUACUGUACCUAUAUUUUAGCAGCUUCCAACGUGUAGAUGAAGAAGAGUAUGGAGGGACCUGGGAGCUAACAAAGGAGGGAUUUAUGACGUCGUUUGCUCUAUUUUUGGUAUGUGUUGUCAUUUUCUACAUUUUGCAAUGA